UGACUCUUUACGGAUAAAGGCCAAUUAAGAUACCAAUAUGGCGUUCGCAUGGCCUGAAGUUUCGACUGCUCGCAAAGAAAAACGUAAAGAACUGACUUUACAUGGAGCCGAUAUAAAUGAAAGGAUAGAAUCUGGUGGCCUGGAUGAACAUAUUUUUAAGUUAAACCUACUAAAUUAUCUUGAUAUCAGUAAGACAUGUCUGCCAAAUCUGUCGGAAUCUAUCGGAAAACUUACAGAAUUAAUGAGGUUGAGUUUGGGUAAUAAUCAGUUGACGUCUUUACCACCAACUAUCGGUAAUUUAAGCAAAUUAAAACUGCUUGAUUUAUCAAAUAAUAAAUUAGAAAGUUUACCAGAAGAGCUAAGUCAGUUGACACAUUUAGAAACUCUGAACUUGAGCGUAAACAAACUCACAAGAAUACCUGCGAUUGGAAAACUUGCAGCAUUGGCCAUUUUUGAUGUUUCUUAUAAUGAACUCACUGAAUUACCAGAUGGAAUGAGCGAAAAUCAUGAAUAUUUAACACAGAUCCGUGCAGGUCAUAAUAAACUGACAGAGCUUCCAGAAGAUUUGAGUAAUUUAGUUCGAUUAACUACUUUAGAUGUUUCCGAAAACAAACUAAAGGACCUUCCCUUGCGACUUUGUGAAUGCCCAAAGUUGAAGGAAUUCAAUGGUAAAGGUAACUGCAUUGGAGAGAGAAGACUGGCCAAGAUGGUGGACCAGGGACAAUUUAAAGUUAUGAUGACUUAUUUAUCAGCAGAGUUACAAAAACAGAAAGAAAGGGAAGGAAAAUCAGAUAAAAAAUCUAAAUCUAAAAAGAAGAAAAAAGGUAAAGACAAAGAUGAUGAAGAAAUCGAUUUGGCUAAAAACAUGAUCAGUGUUCUUCGUUUUCCCUUAGAAGAUGAGUCUGGUGUAACUGUGUCAGUCCAAGUUCCAGUCGUUACAGUUCGUCCAUAUAUAGUUUGCUGUAUUGUACGGCAUCUGAAUCUAAAGAAAUCACUCAACAUGUUCAAACAUUUUAUAACUCUUCAGACCAGAUUACAUGACACAGUGUGUCAGAAGAGACAAGCAGCUACUAUUGCUACCCAUGAUAUGAAAUUUAUUAAAGGACCUCUCACAUAUACGGCUGAAUUCCCUCAACUGUUAAAGAUAACUCCAUUGUUUAAGUUUAAAGAAGUCUCAGCUCAAAAGUUGAUGAGAGAACUGGUGGAAGAAGCUGAAGCACUUCGUAAAGAGAAGAAGAGAAACACCAUUAGUGGAAUUCAUAAAUAUUUAGAACUUUUGAAGGGCAAAGUUCAAUAUCCAUGUUUACGCGAUGCUUCUGAUCAGGUGAUUUCAUUUCCACCAAUCACAAACAGUGAUAAAACUAAGAUUAGUGAUGAAACAACUGAUAUUUUAAUAGAAGUAACAAGUUCGACUAGUCUAGAUGUUUGUAAGAAUGUAAUGGAAGAAAUACUUAAAGAGACAUUACUCUUAGGUAUUGGUCGACCAGACAACACCCCACCUAGCACUGAACCUAAAGAAGCUGACACAUCAGAUGGUGCUGGAGCCACUAAGCCUGAGAAAUUCAUCUUAGUUGUGGAACAAGUCAAAAUUGUGGACCAUGAAGGAGCUUUAAAAGUUUUAUAUCCAUCUAGGACUGAUUUGACAUGUGAUGCUUUUCAAGUUAUACGAAACUAUGAUUAGAUAUUUUACUAAUUGAUUUUAUUGAUAUACAGUAAACCUGGCAUAAGUCGGAUUCGUACAAGUCGGAUCUUUGCUUAACUCAGAUAAAAUCAUUUGGACCCUUUGAUCCUGCACGCUUUUCUUAUUAAAUUUCUGUGCGCAAGUCGGAUUUCCUAAGUUAUAUCUUUGCUCAACUCGGAUUAAAAUGUUCGGUUCAUUUGAUCUAAUUCAGGCUUUUUUCCUUCGCCCAAGUCGGAUCAGCAGUAUGUUCAGAAUAUGACUAAGUCAGUUUUGUCCCGAUGGUCGAAAAGCGGUUAGGUAUUCCAUGCACAGAACCCCAAAAUACUUUCCCCUAUGAUUUUGAUUCAAAUCAGCUUAUUUGACGCGGCACAAAAUAAUAGAAUUUUCCCGGAAAAUUCGAAACUUGCUGUCUGCUGUACGAGAAAAUUCAGGAUAUUUUUCAAAGAUGGCGUCAAAACAGAAGUUAUCUUAUCGCACCAAACCGGAAGUUGUCUACUCGCAUAUACGAACAAAAGCUUGAAAUGUGCCUUUGAAUCAAUUAUUAUUCAGCUCUUGCAGUUUAUUUCUAAUCGAGCUAAGAUUGAAUUUUGGUCUUCGGCUAACUCAGAUCUUAGCUUAAAUUGGAUAAAAUUGUUCAGUCCACUUAGAUCCGACUUAUGUGAAGUUUACUGUAUGUAUAUAGUGCUAUUAUAAUUAAAAGUAUGAUUGAGAAUGGUUAAAAGAAGAGAUCUCAUCUUCAACCAUCUAUUAUUCAGAAACCACUAUAUCAACCCCUUGAAGUACAUUUGAUUAUAACUAAGUCUGAUAAAGUUAUCUGUAUGUUUUUUGAAUUAAUUACAAUUUGCAAAAUAAUUUCAGCACAAAAUAAAAGAUUGUUAUUGUUAUCACCGCCUAUAUAUUUGAAACUCUCAUUAAAGCUAUAAAUUUGAUAAUGUCAAAGUGUCUUCACUGGUUCAACCAAUACUUUAAUUUAAAACAAUUCAGAGUUCACAUGGACAGAAUUUCAACUGGCUUGUAUUAUUUUGCAAUUGUCAGAUCUUAUUGAAUAUUUAUUGUUUUUGUUAUUGUUUUACUGUGUACAAGAUCAGGCCUGAAAAUAAUAAAUAUAGUUGUACCUGACAAAUACCAGGCAAUAAUAAACUAGUUUCUAAUAUGCGCCUUUUUUUUUAGGACUCUGCAUGAAAUCAAAUAUAAAAUUACUGGUUGAAAUAUAAAUGUAUACUGCAUCUUCGUACUGCUUACUAAUGUCCGGCUUCAUCUCAGAGCAUAUCUGUAUCACUUGCACAAUAAAAAUUACGCCAUUAAUAAUAAAGUGAAAUAAGAGUGUCCAGUUUUACCUCAAUUUGAAAACAUGUUGUUUGUGCUUAAUAAUAAUCAUCAUGUGGGACCAUCAGAUUACUGUAAUUACUAAAUAUAAAAUGGCUAACAAUAAGUGAAAAUUCUUGCAUGUUAUCAAUAUCAGACUGUGGUAUUCCUAUUUGAUCUGUUGACAAACAAAAACUGCCAAUUUGCAGGGUCAACAACCAUUUUAAUUAGUUGGUUCUUUCAGCUUGAAAACAGAUAAAGAGAUGAAACCAGAAGACCACAUACUAUUUAGUGUAUAUCUGUUUCUAUUGAAGGUUCUUGUGCAUGUGUUUCCUUUGCCAGCUUCUUAAUAAUAAUAAAUUUAAAACUGUAAAGCAGGAAUGGUAUCUGGUAUAGCAUAAAACCUUACUUAUGUUAAUGUUCCAAAUGUGACAUUAAAUAAAUGUACUUACCGAUAAUUAACAUUUCUAACAUCAAGUAAACGUUUAUUUCUUGCUUAACAGUUCUCAUUUUGAAUAAGGAAUUUGGUUCAUUUUGCUAUAAAUUAUUUUGUAAUAUUAAAUAUAUUUAAAUUAAUCAUGAAUAAAAUAUCAUUUACAGCU